AUGAAGAGACUCUUCCGGACGAGCAAGUCGCCCGUCGUAGACCCAUUACCGCCUCCCACGACAUCCUCUGCACCUGGAUCAGGGACAUCCACACCUACGAAUCAUCAUCAUGAACACAGAUGGCCAUUCGGACAUUCACAUCAACCGGAAGUGACUCCAUUCCCCAUAGACGCAGGCAGAGAAACGUACAAUGUGAACAAUGGUAAUAAUCAGUCGCUGCCACCUCCUCCAGCACCUGUACCCAGUGGAAGGAAGGGAAAGGACAGGGGAGCGUCUGCCGGAUCAAACCCAGGUGUACCUAGUCUGCUGGAAAUUCAAGAGAGAGAACAAGCUAUGAGAUCUGCUCAACGUCAACAGCAUCAACAACAGCCGCACAGGCACUCAAAAGGAUAUGUAGGAUCGCCCAAUGCUCCUUCACCAGAUGGGUGGACUGUGGUAUCACCUACCAACACCAACAUGUCUCUACCUUCAUCAUCACCUUCUACAGGUUAUGAUCCAAAUUACCACUCCUCCUUGACUGAACCUUUGACCAUCCCCAACGCAGCGUUUGCAAGUUCGAAUCCACCUUCAUCCAACGCAUCUCCAUCAAGUGCAUCUACCCACACAGCUUUGUAUCUUCCGCCCGGUGCUCGACCCGCUACACCCCCUUCGAUGCGUCCGCCUUACCCACCUCCGACAGGGAGUGCUCGUCAUUCUCAAUCCAGCUUAGCCAGCUUAUCAACAGCCCAUUACGGUGAAGCGGGAGAUAUCAUUAGUCCAAAUACCGCUAUAGGGAGGGAAAGGGGUCAUUCGAUAGCUUCGAACACUGGUUCCCUAUCAAAUCGGUCCGAUCAUGAUACAAUUAACACCAACUCCACAUAUACACAACACACCACUAACAACAACAACAACCCUUACGGGAACAAUAACGCUAUCUUGAAUCAACCUAUCACAUCCUCUAAUCAACCGUCAUCCAAAUUACAGAAACCUCAACCACACAAUCAAGGUGUUAGAUCACCUUUGGCAAAUUCUUAUCCUUCACCUGAGCUCACUUCGUUCCCUUCCCCACAUCCUUAUACAGCAUCAAAUACUCAACCUUUUCCUCCGCCAUCGGCACCUCCCUCGUCUAAUGACCACUCGUUGAAUAAUUUUGUGCCGCGGACAGAAGAUACACCAAUGCCAAAUGCAGUGAAUCUAUCGAGAAGGGGAAGUCAGAUGGACGGACCGAAUCAGAAAGAGAGAAAACGUGGUUUCUUAGGAAUGGGUUGGGGUAAAGGUAAAGAUAAGAAAGAUAAUAAUCAGGUACUAGAAGGUAAACCAUUGAUGGAGGAGUCCAGGAAGAGUUUCGAUGGAUGGAGGAAUCAGACCGAAAGUGAAAGUCAACCUUCUUCCACUCAUGGUCAUUCAACUUCACAUGGACAUGAACAAGAGGAACAACCGAGUAGAGGAAGGAUACUGGGUUUGGAUUUUGGUGGUGGAGGCGAUAAGAAGAAGGAAAAGGAUCAGAUACCACAGCCUAAUGAUGCUGGUUCAGCUAUACGUUGGCUAUGCUCUAUGCCUGAUCCCCCUCCAGCAAAUAUCUAUGAUGUAUGUGAUCGAAUACACAAGUCUGAAGGGGUGGAAGGCAUCACCAAAGAUGCUGCUCGAGCAAUCCGAAAAGAAUUCAAACAUGGUAACGAAGCAGAAAGGCGGAAUGCGGCCAAAGUCUGGUUAUAUCUUAUGAGGAACGUCUCAGGCAAAGGCUUUAGACAGCACGCUUCAAGCAAGAAAUUCUUGUCUGCCCUCGAACCCAUCUUACUUGCACCUGCUACCAAACCACUCGUAUCUCAACCUACCUAUAAACUUCUCACGGAUAUACUGUCAGAUCUGACGUUCUCUUAUGGUCAAGAGAAAGGCUGUGAGGGCUUAGGUGAAUUAUGGAAGAAAGUGAAAUUACCUCAAGAGUCAGAAAUCGGGAACCCACUUCCAGUGGAUCAUCCCAUCUUCUCUCCGGAGCCUUUUUACGCUCAACGACACAAUCAAACUUACAGUAACCCUCAAUCCUUCCCUGGCUCGCGUCGACCAUCAUCUCCGUCUCUCUCGCAGCUUCCUUUACAACAGACGAACCAAGGUUAUCCUCCUGCGCUCCCUCAACGUGGUGCCUCGCCGGGUCACUAUGGUGGGCCACGGUAUGCUGAUCUGCCAAGUCACGGUGAAGAUCUAAGGAGGUUAAUAGAUGAAUGUACUGCUGCCAAGGAAAGCGCGCGAGUUUUGAGUGAAGCUUUAGUAUUUACUAAACCGGAAGAGUUGGAGCAUAAACCGGUUAUUGAGGAAUUCUACCGAAAGGUCUUCCUCGCUCAUGAGUCUUUGACAAACCAAAUGGAUUGGGCUCAAGCUGAAGCCGCUCGAUCACGUGAACGACAUGCUUCCCUUACUCUGGAUGGUAAUCCGAACGUCGACAAUACCAAACAAGACACACCUGAAGAACAAGCUUUGGGAUCACUUCUCGAGGCGCAUAGUGCCCUUGGUGAGGCAUUGAAACAGCAUGAUGAUCUCACGAAAUUGGCUGGGGAAGAGAAAGAAAUGCGAGAAGUCAGGGAAAGAAGCAAGAAAGAGACCAGGAUGGAUCGUAAUCAACCGAUGUAUGAACAAUCUGGAUUAUUCCCACCCUCUAAUCAACCUCAGGCAUCAUCAUCUCGAUCACCAUCGCCCGUACCGCACGUUCGUCUUCCUUCGAAUAGUACACCUAAAGUAACUUCCUCGCCUAGGAAUUACGAUCUGCCAUUACAGCCACCGCCACCAUCACAGGGAGCAGGUGCACCACCUAUCGCAGGAUCCAACAAUCCAUUCAGGAAUGCGAAUAACGAGAACGGUAGAUCAUCACGUACCCCUUCGCCUGACCAACAACCUCACCCUUUACCUCAUCCUCCAAAAUUAUCUUCAUCGCCUGUACCUACCAGUCGUACGAAUUCGCCUUUAGGUAUGGGCAGAUUGAGAAUGGGUGGACCAAGACCUUUGCCUAAUCCUUUCGCCAAGGGGAACAAUGCUUCUCAUCAAUCGUUACAGAACCUGGCUAAUGGUACUGGUACAACGCCAUCUCGAAAUGGAUCAGGCGAUACACCAUCCAGAAGUGGUACGGGAGAUUCAUCAAAUCAGAGUCACGCUGGAGUCAAUCACGGAGUUGAUGACAAGGAAAUUGAUGGGGAUGAUCUACCUCCCAAGCCUGUCAGACCCAGUAGAAAAGCUUUGGGUAAAAGACGAGCAGUGGUUGAUGAAGACAAUAAUUUCGACCCUAAUGACAUGUUCAUACCUAAUCCGACCGAUCCUCGAACACAGAAUAGAGAUCAGGGACAAAAUCCAAACCCUAAUGGUACUAGUAAUGAUAAUGAAAUAGAUAAUUCUUCUGAAGAAGAUUAUAUAACGUUAGAAGAAUCGAUUAAAUACCAACAGAAAAAGAAGAUUGUAUAUGCUUAUGACGCUUAUGAAGAACGACAAAAGGAAUUAAAGAAGGCUGCUGAAGCGUUGAAGAUCAGUGAGAAGUUUGGUGGUGGAGCUGGAGGUGGAUCAGGGGGAACGAUGUAG